AUGAAUAAUAAUAUAGUCGAGGAAAAAAUCAAUAAUAUUCUCACAGUGACAACAAAUGCAACCAAUGAAUCAUCGACGAUAAGAGUAAUUUGCUUCAACGGUUCUAGAAUAGUCCGUAUUAUAGCACCCAAACAUAUUGAAGAUGCCUAUAAGUUAAAUGAAUGGAAAUCAUUUAAAACAUCAUUAAAUAAUAAUAACAAUAAUAAUAAUAAUAUUUUAAAUUCAGCUAUUUUACAAUUAUUAUUAAGUGUUGGAUUAUCUAGUGAGCUACCGGAAUGGAUUGAAUUGCCGACGAUUUACUCGCAGUGUUCGAUAUCACCGGAAUCCUAUGUGGUUGAGGUUGCAACGGAUUUGCGUACUCUGGUAAAGCAACAAACCGAUGAAUCCUAUUUAAUCUAUCAUUUGGCGUUGUUGCUAAACGAUCGGUAUGCACCGGCACACUUUCAUCUUGGUGUGGUUAGCUAUGAGCGUGGCGAACGUCUACUGGCGCUCAGCCACUACGCGAAUGCGCUCGACCUUCGACCAAACUACCCGGAGGCGUUGUGCAAUGUCGGUGUCAUACACAAGAACAACGGCGAUCUCGACGGCGCCAUUGAAUUCUACCAGCGUGCUCUCAAGUACAAUGCAAACUACCAGCUCGUCAAGUUCAACAUGUCGGUGGCGCUGUGCGACUUGGGCACACGCUACAAAGUCGCCGGUGACUUGGAGCGUGCCACCGAGUCAGAUGAAGGAAAGAUCGAUGAAGCAAUAGAAGCAUAUGAUAAAUCGAUAUUAUACACACCAAACUCUAUCAAUGCUCCUCACAAUAAAUUAUUAGCAUUAAAUUAUUCAAAUAGAACAUUAUUAUCAAUAUUUAAAUCACAUAAGAGAUGGGGAAAGAAUUAUAUUAAAAAAGAUAAAUUGAUUCAAAAUUAUAAAACAGAAUUAAAAGAAAAAGAUAAAUUAACAAUAGGUUAUAUAUCACCUGAUUUCUUUACACAUUCUGUAUCUUAUUUUAUUGAUGGUAUAUUAAAACAUCAUGAUAGGAAUUUAUUUAAUAUUUAUUGUUAUUCAAAUGUUAUAAAGGAAGAUGAUACUACCAUUAGACUUAAAUCAUAUAAUCAUUGUUGGCGGUCGAUUGUUGGUAAAUCAGAUGUUGUGGUGGCACAGAUGAUAGUCGACGAUUGUGUUGAUAUUCUUGUUGACUUGGCUGGACAUACUUGUUCGAAUCGAUUGGAUGUCGUUGCUUUGAAACCUGCGCCAAUUACAAUAUCGUAUCUAGGCUAUCCUAAUACUACUGGUCUGCCAAAUAUCGAUUACAAAUUCACAGAUAGCUAUACUGACCCGGUUGGUUCAACGGUUCAACAGUACACCGAACAACUCUAUCGACUCGAUAGUUGCUUUCUCACCUAUACACCACCACAACACUGUCUGGCUGCAGAACCAUCGGUACUACCGCCAUCCGAACAAAACGGUUAUAUAACCUAUGGAACGUGCAAUGUCGUCUCAAAGUACAGUGAUCAGGUACUUGAAUGUUGGUCAAAGUUGAUGAGAUCGGUUCCUAAUUGCCGGUUGCUGCUAAAGAGUAAAUCAUUCACUUGUCCUACAACUUGUGCAUCGUUCCUCGAGCGACUCCAACACUUUGGAAUCGAAGUCGCUCGCACCACCCUGCUAGCACUACUUCCAAGCCAAGAGGAUCAUCUAAAGAUUUACAACCAAAUCGAUGUUGCACUCGAUACAUUCCCCUAUGCAGGCACAACAACAACUUGCGAAGCAAUAUGGAUGGGUGUACCUGUGGUAACGCUUGUUGGCAGUUCACAUUCACACAACGUCGGACAAUCGAUACUCUCGAAUAUCGCCUCUGACUUGCCAAUUAAGAAUCUGAUCACAGAGUCACAAGAAGAAUACAUAGAAACAGCAAUCAAAUUGGCAAACGACAGAGAACUACUAAGACUCUAUAGAAGUUCACUCAGACAAACCAUGUUGAAUUCCAAUAUUUGUGAUAACGCUAAAUUUACAAAUAAUCUAGAAAAAGCAUAUAAAGAUAUAUGGAAUAAUAAAUUUAGAAAUUAG